AUGACACGAUGGCUUUAUUCAACAAACGCUAAAGAUAUUGGUACUCUUUACCUUAUCUUUGCUGUAUUCUCAGGACUACUAGGAACAAUGUUCUCUGUACUUAUUCGUGCAGAACUUGCUGCUCCUGGUGUUCAAGUUCUAGGUGGAAACCAUCAACUAUUUAAUGUAAUUAUUACAGCACAUGCUUUCCUUAUGAUCUUCUUUAUGGUUAUGCCAGCUCUAAUGGGAGGAUUUGGAAAUUACUUUGCACCUGUAAUGAUUGGAGCAGUUGAUAUGGCUUUCCCACGACUAAAUAAUAUUAGUUUCUGGCUACUACCUCCUAGUCUAAUUCUACUACUAUCAAGUGCAUUUGUAGAACAAGGAGCAGGGCCAGGAUGGACAGUUGAGAAUGAUAAGCUGAAAUGUAAUAAUGUCAUCAACAUGGGGACAAUCCGCCUGGUUUAUGAAUUUCUUUGGUAA